GCACCUGCUCUGGCCAUGAUGAGCUUCGGCGGCGCGGAUGCGCUGCUGGGCGCCCCGUUCGCGCCGCUGCACGGCGGCGGCAGCCUCCACUACGCGCUGGCCCGAAAGGGCGGCGCCGGCGGGACGCGUUCAGCCGCCGGCUCCUCCAGCGGCUUCCACUCCUGGACGCGGACGUCUGUGAGCUCCGUGUCCGCCUCGCCCAGCCGCUUCCGCGGCGCAGGCGCCGCCUCGAGCACCGACUCGCUGGACACGCUGAGCAACGGGCCGGAGGGCUGCGUGGUGGCGGCGGCCGCGGCGCGCAGUGAGAAGGAGCAGCUGCAGGCGCUGAACGACCGCUUCGCGGGCUACAUCGACAAGGUGCGGCAGCUGGAGGCGCACAACCGCAGCCUGGAGGGCGAGGCCGCGGCGCUGCGGCAGCAGCAGGCAGGCCGCGCCGCAAUGGGCGAGCUGUACGAGCGCGAGGUCCGCGAGAUGCGCGGCGCAGUGCUGCGCCUGGGCGCGGCGCGCGGUCAGCUGCGCCUGGAGCAGGAGCACCUGCUUGAGGACAUCGCGCACGUGCGCCAGCGCCUAGACGACGAGGCCAGGCAGCGCGAGGAGGCCGAAGCAGCGGCCCGCGCGCUCGCGCGCUUCGCGCAGGAGGCAGAUGCGGCGCGCGUGGAACUGCAGAAGAAGGCGCAGGCGCUGCAAGAGGAGUGUGGCUACCUGCGGCGCCACCACCAGGAGGAGGUGGGCGAGCUGCUCGGCCAGAUCCAGGGCUGCGGCGCCGCGCAGGCGCAGGUACAGGCCGAGGCGCGCGACGCCCUCAAGUGCGACGUGACGUCGGCGCUGCGCGAGAUCCGCGCGCAGCUUGAGGGCCACGCGGUGCAAAGCACGCUGCAGUCCGAGGAGUGGUUCCGAGUGAGGCUGGACCGACUGUCAGAGGCAGCCAAGGUAAAUACAGAUGCCAUGCGCUCAGCGCAGGAGGAGAUAACUGAGUACCGGCGUCAGCUGCAGGCCAGGACUACAGAGCUGGAGGCACUGAAGAGCACCAAGGACUCCCUGGAGAGGCAGCGCUCUGAGCUGGAGGACCGUCAUCAGGCCGACAUUACCUCCUACCAGGAAGCCAUUCAGCAGCUGGACGCUGAGCUGAGGAACACCAAGUGGGAGAUGGCAGCCCAGCUGCGAGAAUACCAGGACCUGCUCAAUGUCAAGAUGGCUCUGGAUAUAGAGAUAGCCGCUUACAGAAAACUCCUGGAAGGUGAAGAGUGUCGGAUUGGCUUUGGCCCAAUUCCUUUCUCACUUGCAGAAGGACUCCCCAAAAUUCCCUCCGUGUCCACUCACAUAAAGGUCAAAAGUGAAGAGAAGAUCAAAGUGGUAGAAAAGUCUGAGAAAGAAACUGUGAUUGUGGAGGAACAGACAGAGGAGACCCAAGUUACUGAAGAAGUGACUGAAGAAGAGGAGAAAGAGGCCAAAGAGGAGGAGGGCAAGGAGGAAGAAGGGGCUGAAGAGGAGGAGGCAGAACGGGGAGAAGAAGCAAAGUCUCCCCCAGCAGAAGAGGCUGCAUCCCCAGAGAAGGAAGCCAAGUCCCCAGCGAAGGAAGAGGCAAAGUCACCAGCUGCGGUCAAGUCCCCAGAGAAAGAGGAAGCAAAAUCUCCAGCUGAGGCCAAGUCCCCCGAGAAGGCCAAGUCCCCAGCAAAGGAAGAGGCAAAGUCACCGGCUGAGGCCAAGUCUCCAGAGAAGGCCAAGUCCCCAGCAAAGGAAGAGGCAAAGUCACCAGUAGAGGCCAAGUCUCCAGAGAAGGCCAAGUCCCCAGCAAAGGAAGAGGCAAAGUCACCGGCUGAGGCCAAAUCCCCAGUGAAGGAAGAAGCAAAAUCUCCAGCUGAGGUCAAGUCCCCUGAAAAGGCCAAGUCCCCCGAGAAGUCCAAGUCACCAGAGAAGGAAGAAGCAAAAUCUCCAGCUGAAGUCAAGUCUCCCGAGAAGGCCAAGUCCCCAGUGAAGGAAGAAGCAAAGUCCCCUGAGAAGGCCAAGUCCCCAGUGAAGGAAGAAGCAAAGUCCCCUGAGAAGGCCAAGACUCUUGAUGUGAAGUCUCCAGAAGCCAAGACCCCAGCAAAGGAGGAAGCAAAGUCCCCUGCAGACAAAUCCCCCGAAAAGGCCAAAAGCCCCGUCAAGGAGGAGGUCAAGUCCCCAGAGAAGGCGAAGUCUCCCCUGAAGGAGGAUGCCAAGGCCCCUGAGAAGGAGAUCCCAAAGAAGGAAGAGGUGAAGUCCCCAGUGAAGGAGGAGAAGCCCCAGGAGGUGAAAGUCAAAGAGCCCCCAAAGAAGGCAGAAGAAGAGAAAGUUCCCACCACACCAAAAACGGAGAAGGACAGCAAGAAAGAGGAGGCACCCAAGAAGGAGGCUGCAAAGCCUGAGGUGGAAAAGAAGGAACCUGCCGUUGAAAAGCCCAAAGAAUCCAAAGUCGAAGCCAAAAAGGAAGAGGCUGAAGAUAAGAAAAAGGCAGCCACCCCAGAGAAGGAGGCUCCUGCCAAGGCGGCGAUGAAGGAAGACGCUAAACCCAAAGAGAAGACAGAUGAUGCCAAGGCCAAGGAACCCAGCAAACCAGCAGAGAAGGAGGCGGCCGCGGCAGCACCGGAGAAAAAAGACAGCAAGGAGGAGAAGGCCACCGAGGCCAAGAAGCCUGAUGAGAAACCCAAGACAGAGGCCAAAGCCAAGGAGGAUGACAAGACCCUCUCAAAGGAGCCCAGCAAACUGAAGGCGGAAAAGGCUGAAAAAUCCUCCAGCACAGACCAAAAAGACAGCAGGCCUCCAGAGAAGGCCGCAGAAGACAAAGCCGCCAAGGGGAAGUAAAGCAGGGAGAAAGAAAUGUCCGGAGCAGCCGAAGAAACUCAGAAGGGCCCCGGAGCUCAAGGAUCAGAGUAACAUAAUUUUCACUUUUUCUCUCUUUAUGUAAGAAGAAACUGCUAAGAUGACGGGGCCUCCUUCUUCAAACAGGAAUUCCUGUUAGCAGUACGUUAGCAAGAGAGGGCACUCCCAGCCCCCUGCCCCCACACCCUCCCCAGGUGAUGGACAAUUAAGUUAUGAUAGCUUAUGUAGCUGAAUGUGAUAUAUGCCGAAUGCCACACUUAAACACUUGACUAUAAAAACUGCCCCUCUUUCCAAAUAAGUGCAUUUAUUGCCUCUAUGUGCAACUGACAGAUGACCGCAAUAAUGAAUGAGCAGUUAGAACACAUUAUGCUUGAGAUGUCUUAACCUAUUCCCAAAUGCCUUCUGUUCUCCAAAGGAGUGGUCAAGCCCUUGCCCAGAGCUCUAUUCUGGAGGAGCGACCGAGGUGGGGCUGGGCACUGGCCACUGAAUUAUGCCAGGGCGCACUUUCCACUGGAGUCCACUUUCAAUUGCUUCUGUGCAAUAAAACCAAGUGCUUAUAAAAUGAAAA